AUGAACUGGGGUUCUUUUAUCCCUAGCAUGGCAGCUACCAAUGCACUUCACAAUGCCAACCCACAGCCGCUUCUCUGUGAUACUGCCACACACAAUGACCUAGAAGAACCAAUAGUUAUGAGAGAUUUGAGAAUGAAUACCUUCGAAGGUGUCAUUAAUUACGGGUUUCGUUCACUCGAUGGGUCGGAAAACUCCGAUCUGGAUUUAGCGAGUUGUCUCAUGAUGAAUGAACCCAUGGUCUCCUUUAGCUUCACCACCGGCAACGAUUAUAAAACCGCUACUACGAAUAUACGCAAACCUAUUUAUCUAGACUUGUCAAAAUUUGUACAUGGGCCAGACGAUACGGAAGAAGAAUCGGCGUACUGGACGAUUCUAGAAGCCCCCUACGCCGAUGAAAGCGUCUCCAAAGAGAAGAACCAAGUCUGUAACUACGAUGGUGGAAAUCUCUGCAUGUCGCCAUCAAAGCCUGACGAUCAGGUGUGUUGGACUUUUGCUAUGGACUGUGACGUCUCCUUGGUAGACGGAUACUCUGCUUCAGACGCUGCAAACUCCAAGGAGACCGAUGAAACGGGUCCCGAAGAUGAAGAGGCUCCUGGAGCACAGAAUAACGACAUUCCAGGUUUUAACAGCUUGGUGGGCUCUGUCCAACCUGAUGGCCUCACCUUCAAAUUCCCCCCUGACUUGCAAACUAUGAUCUGGAUGGAGAGCGGUCUAAGUAAGGUUGAGCAACAUAAGGAUAACGAUCCAUUUCGCGAGUUCAUGUCACUCUAUUUUUCUAUGGUCUCUACUAUCGGAAGUGUCAUUGGCUAUGUGGCAGCGGUCGCCGAUAUGCCAGAGGUCGUCGAUGCGACAGCCAACCUGGGAUUCAUCGUGACUGUGGGAAAUAUCAUAUUGGAAGUCUGUUCCACUCUCGAAGACCCAGCAAAUUCACGAAUGGGUUGCUUAGCCCGUUUUUUGUGGCAGAUUUGGUUAAUUAUAAGAGCAUGA